ACUACGAAAUACUCGUGCAAACCCACGAUUACCACGAGGUAACAUUCAUGGGGGAGACGAUUCGGACCCUGGUAACCGCCACACCCUCCAUGGUGGAUUUUUGGAUCUUCGAGAUCCAGCACUUCCACCGUCGGAAGCUGCACCGCCUCAUCGUCGGCCUCGACGUCGAGUGGCGCCCUAACAACCGCCACUACACCAACAACCCCGUCGCCAUUCUGCAGCUCUGCGUCGGCCACCGAUGCCUCAUCUUCCAACUCAUCUGCGCCCCCCACAUUCCCCAAUCCCUCUCGCGAUUCCUCGCCAAUCCCGACUACACCUUCGUCGGCGUUGGUAUAGCCGGUGACGUCGAGAAGAUGGUCGAACAUUACGGCCUGGAAGUGUCGAACACCGUCGAUCUCGGGGAAUUGGCGGCCAGCGCACUGGGCGUUCGUGAGCUGCGCACGGCGGGGCUCAAGACUCUGGCCAGGGAGAUUCUUGGGAAGGAGAUGCAGAAGCCGAAGUCGGUGUCGAGGAGCAGGUGGGACUACAAGUGGCUGAAUCGCCGGCAGAUACAGUAUGCCUGUUUGGACGCUUUUCUUUCUUUUGAGAUUGGGAGGAUCUUGAACGCGUCACACAGAUGAGGAAUCGGCCAGAAAAGUGGAAUUGAUCGAUCUUUGUUUGC